CGGGCGAAGCCAGCAAGCGAGCAGAAGGAUGGCAGAAAUGGAGCUGACCAAAGCAUCCCUUCUUAAGAAUGGCAGUUGUGCAGGAAAUCAGGAAAGGAAAACUGACAGCGCGUGGAUUCUUCCCAACGUGCCCAGCAAGUGCACAUGGACAGCUKCCACACCUGCCACCAAGUCUCCACACUCCUGUAUACCCUUACAAGAAGAAACAAAGAUCUUGCCCAACAUCCUGAAGAAAAUCGGCUGCACCCCGAUGGUCCGAGUCAACAAGAUUGGGAAGUCCUAUGGGCUGAAGUGUGAGCUCUUGGCAAAGUGUGAGUUCUUCAAUGCCGGGGGCAGCGUGAAGGACCGCAUCGGCCUGAGGAUGGUGGAAGACGCAGAAAGAGCCGGGAUUAUAAAACCUGGAGACACACUCAUUGAAGCCACCUCAGGAAACACAGGCAUCGGGCUGGCCCUGGUAGCUGCAGUGAAAGGCUACCGCUGCAUCAUUGUCUUGCCGGAGAAAAUGAGCGUGGAAAAGGUGGAUAUUCUGAAGGCGCUGGGCGUGGAAAUAGUGCGGACGCCGUGCACCCGCUUUGAUGCCCCCGAGUCUAACAUCCGCGUUGCUUGGAAGCUGAAAAACGAAAUCCCAAACUCUCACAUCCUGGACCAGUACCGAAACCCAAGCAACCCCCUGGCUCAUUACGACACCACAGCUGAAGAGAUCCUGGAGCAGUGUGAAGGCAAGGUCCACAUGGUGGUGAUCGGAUCGGGCACGGGAGGCACCGUCACUGGUGUUGCCAGGAAGCUGAAGGAGAAGUGCCCAGAGUGCAAAAUCAUCGGUGUCGACCCCGAUGGCUCCAUUGUCGCUCUGCCCAGUGAGCUGAACACGACAACCACCACAACCAUAGAGGUGGAGGGCAUCGGGCAUGACUUUAUCCCUACUGUCCUUGACAGAUCAGUGGUUGAUCAGUGGUAUAAAUGCAACGACAGAGACUCGUUCCUCAUGUCUCGCAGGCUGAUUAGAGAGGAGGGAUUAUUGUGUGGUGGCAGCUCAGGCAGCGCCAUGGCGGUGGCCGUGCGGGCUGCCCGGGACCUCAAGGAAGGGCAGCGCUGCGUUGUCAUCCUGCCCGACUCCGUCAGGAACUACAUGUCCAAAUUUUUGAAUGAUAAGUGGAUGAUUAAAAAUGGAUUCCUGAGUGAUGUCCAGGAGCACAAGCCUUGGUGGUGGAACAUCAAGGUGCAGAAACUGAAUCUCUCAGCCCCUCUGAUUCUUCUCCCAGAAGUCAGCUGUCAAAAGGCCAUUGAAAUCCUGCAGGAGAAGGGAUAUGACCAGGCUCCUGUUGUUGCUGAAUCAGGGCUUAUUUUGGGAAUGGUGACACUCAGCAACAUCCUCUCCUCCGUGCUGGCUGGUAACGCACAGUUCUCAGACCCCGUCACGAAGGUCAUCUACGACCAGUUCUCAAAGAUCAGCCUGGAUGACAGCCUUGGGAAGCUUUCCUGUAUCCUGGAGAAUGACCACUUCGCUAUUGUUGUACAUGAGCAGAUGCAAUUCAAUGGCAACGGCAGCUCCUUCAUGAAGCAGAUGGUGUUUGGCGUGGUCACGGCCAUGGACCUCCUCACCUUUGUGAGCAGAAGCGAGAAGCGGCGGAAAGGCAGCGUGGCCGCACAGGGCCCCGCGCCGCCCGCGGGCUCAGCUGCUCCUCCCCAGCCUGAAGGGAGUCACUGA